AAAAAAAAUCAUUAGUUAUAUAGUUACACUAGUCAUUUGUGUUUACAGUUGUCAUGUGCCAGACGACAUCAUCAUCAUCUUGUUUUGAAGUGCAUAGCAAUGAUUAUCCAACAAAACGAUCAAGACUUCUGAACUGCAUCAGUGUGUAAUGCCUUAAAAGAAAACAGAACAUACAUUGACUUUUAGUAAAAUACUGCACAGAAUGAUUAUUCAAAUCAAUAUCAUAAAGGCUGCUGUUUUCUAAAAUGUUCACCACAACAGCUUGAUGAAGUCACAAUAUGUCAGAGUUGUUUAUACAGCGGGUUCCAUUGCUUGUAUAGAGGGCCAGACAAAUCCGUUGGGGCCACUUCAAUAGAGGAUAAUCAAAUCAUCUUCUCUGUCAACUAAACAGAAUUAUGAUGGGGGAGAUGUGUAUUGGUUUCAUCACAGUAUUAACAUCAUCAUUGUGAACAUGUAAACAUAUCUCAAAUAUGACUUACCCAAGGCGACGUUAAAAUCACUGAAGUUAAACAAAGGUAUAUGUUGCGCUAUGUAUUGAAGCUUAGCAUGAAUGUGUGUGAAUGGGUGAAUCUGACAUGUACUGUAAACUUUACAGUGUAAAGCACUUUGAGUGGUCGAUGAGACUAGAAAGGAGCUAUACAGAAACAGUCUAUUUACCAUUUACUAUAUGUAAAUAAUCAGAACACAUCAAUGGACCACAAGUCACUGUAGUUGCAAGUCCAACUGCAGUGAUGCUCUUGCACUUAUGGAUGUCUCCUGGUAACAGAGUGGGCUAUAUCUCCACUAUAAGAUGUGAGUAUAGGCAACGUCUUCCUGAAAGUAACAUUUGACUAAAUUACUGAAAGGCAUUCUCAAGAAUAAAGAAAUGCCUUCAUUACUAUUUAUGCAGGUUGCUUGCACAUAUGCACGUAUAGGCACCCCCUCCUGGACGGCAGCUAAAUCGCUCAUCGCGCCAAUAUAUUUAUUUUUAUCAACAACAAAAACACAAAGAAAACACGAUGCGUCUUGUUCAUCUCAGCCCACUCCCCACGCACACGCUGGGGGUCAUCACGCCCACGUGAACAGCUCGCUAGCCCUUUUCAUUGGUGCCUCGUUUGGGCUGGGAUGGGCACAGUCCUGCAGGAGCGGGUGGCCCGGCGAUGUCUGGAGAGGGGCGUGUCCGUCAGGGAGACGGAGUGGAGGAGGAAGAAGGCCCCGUGGAGCAACAACUGGCCUGAUGAGGCCAGCAACACGAUGGGAAGGCGACAGUCACAAAGGAAGUCAGCGCAGCCACAGUGCACCGUCCCAAGUCAAGAGAAUAAUAAUGACAAAAGGCUGCAGCAAAGAAGUAAGCACAAGCCCCAUGCCGUCCUGACUAAACGCAAUACUUGCCAACACAGUGCUCAGGGAACAUUGGCCUCAAAGUCCCAUCAUCUGUCCACUGCAGAGGACAGGAUUGACCUAAAGAUGCACCCAGCUGCUCAGCGCUACUACGGCCAAGGAGAACGUAAGCACACAGGACUCAGAGGGAGCAGACGCACGCCAGCCUAUCCCUGCCUGUCUGAUUCCAACCCUGAACUACUAGAGAGACACUCGCCUCCACAGGAGGUGAGACAUUUGAAAAGGCGUGAAGAGAGUGACAGUGAUACUGACUUGUCUGAGUCUGAGAGACUGCCUUUGUCGUCGUCUGGCCGGGUUCCUCCACAGCUUGAGCUGAGGCCAGACGUCAUUGAGGCCGAAGACUGCUCCACUCAUAGCCACAGGCCCAGAGGACAGGGCCGUGGUUUUGACUUCCCAGACUUCCUUCCUCCACCUUUCAACUCUUGGAGCCUCAGUCAGCUGGCUGUCUUCUACAACAUGGAGGGCGUGAGGGCUUCUCGGCCCAGGCCUGUAGGAUGUUUGGAAAGGUACCUGGAGAGGCUGCUGCAGCUGGAGUGGCGUCAAAUCCAGACGGUCAAAGAGGGGAGUGGGAGAUCAGUGUCAGAUGUAAUAUCCACCUGCCACAGGUCCUCUGCUGCUGUCUCGUCACGCCUAAGCUCCCCGAAGUGUAUCCUCCAGUGUCAACGGGCCUUUCCCCUCACCUUCCUCUCUUCCCUGGCCAGUCACUCUACCCUGCUCUCCGGCUGUGCCUGCACUCUAUUCCACAUUCGCCACUCCACCUGUAACACCUCCUGCUCCUGGUCCAGCCACAGCCAUACCCGUCCAUCUAGAAUAAGUCCCACGCUGGAGCGCAGGGUGGGCACUUCGCUCCCAAAAAGGAGCUACAGCGAGAGCCGGGUGCACUCCUCAGACAGGAGCGCAGUAUCCAGAGCUCAGAGGUUCAGCAGCCCUCUGAGGGCCAACAGCCACCUGAGGAGAAUGCAAGCCUCGGGCAACAUCCGCAACCCGACUCACGGUGCUAACACCAAGCCUCAUUCCCCCACCAGGGACUCGAGCUUUGGGGCACAGGGUGAUACACUGGACUACAGGGAAGGGGGGUUUAGGAAAAGGAGUGAUUCGGAGCAGAGGAGAGUUAGAGAAGAACAUAGACAACAACAUGGAUCAGAGAAAAGACGGAGUGGUUCUGAGUGUAGAAGAGGAGGAAACGAGCGAAGGAGAACAGCUGAGUUGAAGGAGCGAGAAAUAAAAACAGAUGCUGUCACUGCAAUAAUGGACCAUUUACCUGGGUCUAAAUGUCCUCCUGUUCACAGGCCAAACAGGCCAAAACAGGUUGAAUUUGUUACAUAACAACAACUUGAUUACUGUAAGUGUAAUCGGUAUGCCAUAAAUGCAGUCCUCACUUUUAAGAUUUGAUUGUCAACCUAUUUUCCAGUCAUUUUCCGUAGUUGUGCGUAAAAGUGUAGAAAGUUGAAGAUGUUGAAGAUGAUUUUUCUUUCUAGAAUGUGAUGUUUUGCCAUAAUUCUCUGCUCUCAGGUUAUUACAGUUAUAUUAUUAUGUUUAAUCAAUGCUGCGCAGUGUCCAGCAAAGUUGAUUGUUGCUACAUAACUAUUAUGCAUGCAGAUAUUUAUAUCAAUAAUCUUUUUAGGUUUUUUUUAUUUAACCCAGUAGGCCAUCAUCAGCACAAUAUAUAAUGUAUAUGUUUGUAUGACAAGUUUUUCCAACACCACCAGUUUUACUGUUGAUGUGAAUGAAGAAGCCAUCAAUUGACAUGGAGAGAAAAAAGAAACAUUAUUAAAGAUGGCUGAAAAGUUA